UCAUGACAGGCAGCAGAAGCGCAGCAGUGUGGAGUCCAAAGACACUCGCGUCUAUUUAAAAGCACCGCCGGCUCGUCAUCGCUUAUUCUUAACCUCAUGCGUUGAAAUGGUGAUCAAAUCUAAGGAACUACAACCAAACGGCUCGCUCUGCCUGCUCUCCGGCUGAUUAUUAGUCGCCAUUGCGCAGUCAAUGUUAUUAAGAGUGUUUGUGCUCGCGUUAGUGCGCGUCGCUGCCGAUCAUUUCUCUCUCAGUGCACCACUAGAGCUGGACUCUCCGUCACGCUGUUUACACUGAGGACGCCUUAAAUUAAGCCUCUAUCUCCAUAACCGACCCACAGAAGGACACUGACACCAUGUUUGAAACCAGAGGAAUCCCCUUUAUAUUGCUUGACAUCGCGUGCCUAAUACUCGUUGGACUCCCAUUUGCAAUACUCACAAUACUACACAAAUCAUUCAAACGAGGAUUUUUCUGUAACGAUGACUCUAUCAACUACCCGUAUAAAGAAGACACCAUUUCCUAUCCGUUAUUAGGAGGAGUAAUGAUUCCUAUCACUGUGCUUACUAUGAUCAUAGGGGAGUGCCUUUCAGUCUAUCUAAACCGCGUCAAAUCAAAGUCUUUCUGUAACAGUUAUGUGGCCUGUAUCUAUAAGGCCAUUGGCACCUUCUUAUUUGGUGCCGCCAUGAGCCAAUCACUCACCGACAUUGCCAAAUAUUCCAUCGGCCGGCUGCGGCCACACUUCCUGGAUGUGUGCAAACCGGACUGGACGCAGAUCAACUGCACAGGAGGGGCUUACAUUGAGGACUUCGUCUGUACUGGGGAUUCAACCAAGGUCAAUGAGGGAAGACUCUCAUUUUACUCUGGACACUCCUCAUUCUCCAUGUACUGUAUGCUGUUCCUGGCACUUUAUCUUCAAGCAAGAAUGCAAGCUGAAUGGGCACGGCUCCUUCGCCCCACGCUCCAGUUCUUCCUGAUCGCCGCCUCCGUCUAUACAGGACUGUCCCGUGUCUCAGACUACAAACACCACUGGAGUGAUGUACUCGCAGGACUCAUACAAGGAGCCAUCGUGGCUUUACUAGUGGUUUUCUUUGUGUCGGAUUUCUUCAAAAAGAAAGUCGAACCACAGAAGGAGGCAGAGAUCCCACACACCACCUUACAAGAGACACCUACGAAUGGAAAUCACUAUGACAACCCAAACUAAGCUAUGAUGAGCCUCUGUGGAUGGGACGGGGUUUCAGCAUGCACCCACUAUGAGGGCAGACCACUAGGGUGGAAACCUGUGAAUGUAACCUUGCUUUCUAUGCUCUCCAGAUGCUCUUUUCUGGGGAUUUCUCUAUGGACGCUGUCCCACGAUGCCUUCGCUGGACUGCUUCUGCUGCUACCACAGCUUCCUGUGUAUCUCUCCAAAAACUAAUAAGUGUACCUCUAUUAAGCCACAAAAGAAAAACCUUUUUUUAUCUGUAUGAAAAAAAAUCACUAUACAGUCUUUUUUUUUUUUAUUAAAAUUGUAAAAAUUAUGUACAAUGUUGCGCUUUUAUGAUGGAAACAAAAACCCAUUAUGCUCGUUGACAAACACUAAUAAAACUGUUUCAUGUAAA